AUAGUGCUACUCUUUUGAGUCCAUGAAAACCCCCAUCACUGGUGUUUACCGUGUUUCACGUGCCAAGAACUAAUGACAGGUACGUUCCAAAAGAACCAAACAAGAAAUAUGCAAAGGCUGUUCUUCGUUACCCAUUUUUCUAUAUAAAGCUUGAAAAUCCUAGCUUGGAUCACCAAGCUAAUCUCAAGAAAUCCGGGAGAGCUAAGUAACUCUUAGCUCUUCAGCCAAAGCUGUUCUGUUCUAAUUAGUAAACCCUUCCUUUCUCUCUUUCAAAACCAUAAUCGAUCGAUAUGUUGAACCCUCCUCAACUACAUCACACGUGUGAAACUGUUCGUUCACUUGUGCUAUUGCGCAAAUCCUUCUUCUCCGUUCAUGGUGGUCCACAGCUCGGCCUUGGGCCGGCGCCGCCUCUCCGUCAAAAACAAAAGAACUGCACUAUCCGGGCUAUUUCCAGAGACGUCAAAGCGGUCGCCGCGUCCGAUACUGGAAAAUCUUUGACAGUUAAGGCGGUAGUUACAGUGCAACUAACACUGGGCGGCAUCUUCUCUGACAUUGGGUUGGACAGAGGCCUCGACGACUUUGCUGACCUGCUUGGUAAAACGUUGCUGUUGGAGCUCGUUAGCUCAGACCUUGACUCUAGUACUGGAUUGGAGAAGGAGAAAAUCAAAGGGUAUGCUCAUAAGGUUGGUGGUAGAAAGGACAACGAGGUGCACUACGAAAGCAAGUUUGUGGUUCCAGCGGGUUUUGGGGAAGUGGGUGGAAUUCUUGUGGAGAAUGAGCAUCACAAGGAGAUGUACCUUAAGAACAUUGUUCUUGAGGGCUUCCCUAAUGGCCCUGUGAACUUUACCUGUGAUUCAUUUGUUUGCAGCAAGUUUGACAACAAAGAGAAGAGGAUCUUCUUCACUAAUAAGUCGUACUUGCCAUCGGAGACACCGUGUGGGCUGAAGAGGCUGAGGGAGAAGGAGCUGGUGGACCUGCGUGGGACCGGGCAAGGAGAGCGGAAGACAUACGAGAGGAUAUACGAUUACGAUACGUACAACGAUUUGGGAGACCCUGACAAUAGUGCUGACCUGGUUCGUCCUGUUCUUGGUGGUCCCCAACACCCUUAUCCCAGACGUUGCAGGACUGGCCGCCCACGUUGCUCGAAAGAUCCCUCGUCCGAGACAAGGAGCACUAUCGUAUAUGUGCCAAGAGAUGAGGCAUUUUCAGAAGUGAAGGAGUUGAAUUUCUCAGCAAAGACAGUGAAAUCAGUGCUUCAUGCUCUGCUUCCUUCACUUGAGACCGCACUUCUCGAUUCAAAUCUCGGAUUCCCAUACUUUACUGCCAUUGAUUCACUAUUCAAUGAAGGGGUCACCGUACCCAAGCCCAAAAAUCAAGGGUUCAGCUUCAGCUCGGUUUUGCCAAGGCUUGUCAAGGCCAUCACUCAAGAACAAGAUGAGAUCUUGCUCUUUGAGGUCCCUGAAAUGAUAAACAGAGACAAGUUCUCUUGGUUCAGGGAUGAGGAAUUCUCGCGCCAGACUCUUGCUGGUCUCAACCCCUUCAGCAUUCAGUUGGUCACGGAGUGGCCACUGAAGAGCACUCUCGACCCAAAAAUCUAUGGCCCAGCUGAGUCUAUAAUUACUAAAGAACUCAUUGAGCGAGAGAUCAAGGGCGUCAUGACUCUGGAAGAGGCUAUAAAGAACAAGAAACUGUUCAUCUUAGAUUAUCAUGAUCUCUUGUUACCUUACGUAAGCAAAGUGAGAGAACUCGGUGGGACGACGUUGUAUGGAUCAAGGACAUUAUUCAUGCUCACCGCAGAAGACACAUUGAGACCUCUAGCAAUUGAGCUCACUCGGCCACCCAGUGAAGGCAAGCCUCUGUGGAGACAAGUCUUCUCCCCUGCUUGGGAUUCCACAAGUUGCUGGCUCUGGAGACUUGCUAAAGCUCAUGUCUGUGCCCAUGACGCUGGUUUUCAUCAGCUUGUCGUCCACUGGCUAAGGACACAUUGUUGUACUGAGCCCUAUAUAAUUGCCGCGAAUCGGCAAUUAAGUGCGAUGCACCCGAUCUACCGGUUAUUGAAGCCGCAUUUCCGGUACACCAUGGAGAUCAAUGCUCUUGCUCGAUUGUCCCUUAUAAAUGGAGGUGGGAUCAUUGAGACCGCCUUUUUUCCAGGGAAGUACUCAAUUGAGGUCAGCUCUGUGUAUUAUGACAAGUUUUGGAGGUUUGACGAGGAGGCUUUGCCUGCAGACUUGAUUAAAAGAGGAAUGGCAGUUGAGGAUCCCACGGCUAAGCAUGGGGUAAGGCUCAUAAUACAGGAUUACCCAUUUGCUAGUGAUGGUCUUGUCCUCUGGGAUACCCUAAAGGAAUGGGUGAGUGAUUAUGUCAAUCACUAUUAUCCAAAAUCCAACCUUGUUGAAUCUGAUGAGGAACUCCAAGCAUGGUGGACUGAAGUGAGAACCAAAGGACAUGGAGACAAGAAGGAUGAACCAUGGUGGCCUACCCUGAAAACCGAAGAUGAUCUAAUACAAGUAGUGACAACCAUUAUCUGGGUCACCUCCGGCCACCAUGCUGCCGUCAACUUCGGCCAAUACCACUACGCUGGCUACUUCCCAAACCGGCCGACACGGACCAGGACGAACAUGCCCACAGAGGAACCAUCAGAGGAAGAGUUCAAGAAUUUCUUGAAAAAACCAGAGUUUGCACUAUUGAAGUGUUUCCCUUCACAAAUUCAGGCUACUAAGGUGAUGGCCAUAUUGGAUGUGUUGUCUAACCACUCAGUGGAUGAGGAGUACCUUGGAGAUGUGAUUGAGCCAGCUUGGUCUGAGGAUCCAAUCAUAAACGCGGCAUUUGAGAGGUUUAAUGGGAAACUGAAGGAACUUGAAGGGAUCAUCGAUGGAAGGAAUGCAGACUUGGAUUUGAAGAACAGAUGUGGUGCAGGAGUAGUACCCUAUGAGCUCUUGAGGCCAUUCUCGAAACCUGGGGUCACAGGAAUGGGAGUUCCUUACAGCAUCUCCAUUUGAACAUUGGAUUAGUAUGGUCAAUAAGUGGCUAAUUAACCAAUGUCAAAUCACAUCAAUGAGUCUCUUUUACAAGAAUGAUGUAUAAAAGAGCAGAAAUUAGUAAUGUCCUUGUUUCAUGAACUUAUGCUUUAAAACCCGUGAUAUUAAGGAAAUCGCAUUUUAUAUGUGGAUUCCAUAA